GAAGGCUUCUUCCCCUUUCUCGUGCACUCUAGUAAUGCUGCCCACCUAGGGCGACUGGGCGAGUCAGUACUUCAGACUUGAGUCCACCCAGCCAGCCAAGACACGCAGCGCAGGCGCAUCCCAGCCAGAUUCAACCCGAGUUCGCGACGAGAGCACGAGAUGGCGAUGCGGACAGCGCUGACCUCCCUCCCCGCGCGCCUGCGCGCCCCUGCGCCCCCCGCGGCGACGGGCGGCCGGCGCCUCCUCAGCGACGGGAAGGGGCGUGUGCUCAGCGAGGAGGAGCGCGCCAAGGAGAGCAUCUACAUCCAGAAGAUGGAGAGGGAGCGGCAGGAGAAGCUGAAGAAGAGGCUCGAGCAGGAGAAGGCCGACUCCGACAAGGCCAAGCCCGCCGACGCCGACAAGAAUUAUGGAUAUGGAGCACGACCAGGACGAAGGCUGAGCCAGACGAAGGUCGGGGGCAGCCGAAGCUGUACGCAGGGAAGCUUCGGCGCGAUGGCACAAGGGGGAACCGACCUUAAGAUGAAAAGACUUCGGGGUCCUCAAUAGAUUUCCAUAAACCGUUAACAAAUGUAAUGGACAUGGAUGUAAUUUUACGUGGGCUGCGUCCCGCGUCUAUAAAUAGAUGAACAGUACUCCCGUACUGUUCACGCUGACCUUACAUUUGCUUUUGCGUCACGCCUGUACUUUUUACCUUCUCUCAGGACCGAAGGUACAUUUGUAAUUUGAAAUCAUUUCUAUUUUCCCAUGUUAAUAAAAUAGAAAUGAUCCCAUGAUGAUGCUUA